GCAGCAUUAAACUUUCUUGAAACUCAAAAAAAUAGUGCAAGUGUAUCUUUAAGUGUUCGCAGGGUUGUUCUAAACUUUGAACUUGCUGAACAAAUACUACAUAAUGCUAUAGCUCAAUGUGGUGCAUCUAAACAUCCAG